AUGGCACAAGUAGUCGAUCCCGAUCCUGAGAUCGGUUCGCUCACUGCCCAUCUAAAUGGGGGAAAUUUUACCAAGAAUAAAGCAAGUGAAGCAAGAGAAACCUUGGGAAGGUUGAUUGAUGCCAAGAAGGCAUACGACAACCCGCAGAGCAUUAUGAGAAGAGGUUCGGCUAAUGCAGUGAUGGAGCAGGGGGAAGAAAGGGUAGAGGCAAGGAUUGAUAGGCUUGAGAAAGCGCUUUUGAGCGCAAUCGAGAUGAGCAACCCUCCUGCCUCACAAGAGAAAGAGAAAACUUCAGGCCCAGGAGAAGCUCCACCCCAGCAAUACUAUGGCCCUCAAGAGGGAGACUACCAGGCCCAGGUGAAUUCAAUAGGAAGCUGGAAUCCAGAUGGGAGUUGGAAUCAAGGGAAACAGAGGGAGACACCAUGGAGAACCCACCCAAACUUUAAAUGGUACGACAAUGAUCCAACCCAGCCACCUCCACAGCAGAACACCAGAGAUUAUUCGCACCCAUCAGAGAGACAGUUUAACUGGUCAGGGAGAAAUCAGGAGGGGCAGAACAACUGGGGCAACCAGAAUCAAGGGGACCAAUCUAAUCGGGGCAAUAGGAACCAGAACAACCAAGGAAACUCCUGUGUACCACCACACCAGAGGAGUAACCAGGGGAAUUAUCAGAAUUCCCAACCCAAUUAUCAGGGUAAUCAGGGGCCAGGAAACCAGUACAACAAUAACCCAGGAGGUCAAGGGAAUUUCCGCCCGAACCAGGGGAGUGGAUCUAAUCACAGUCAAGGAUCAGGAAAUAGUCAACUGAAUUCCAAGCCAUAG